ACGUUUUUCCUGUUGCACAUACGUUACGUUAGCACCGCCCGGUAUCGAUAUGGGUAUCGAUAACUGCAGAACUCGCCCAUUUCAAAAGUUCCAUCCACACGAUAAAUAACAAAGGAAAAUCAAAACACUGCAAUUGGGAUAAUUGGCAAAAUGAAGCAAAGCUCGCUUUCUAUGUUCGCCGAAGACAUCCUUAAGGAUUACGGCUCGUUCAUGGAGGAACAUGACAGUAAAUUGCAAACUUUACGACAACAAAUGCCUGAUAAUGCCGGCGGAAGUCAAUUGCUAACAUCAUUAACGCCGGCUAUAGAGAUUAACUACCUGGAUGACACGCACAACGACUUUCUCAACUGGCACAAUACACGUCUAACGGAAUCAGAGCUACUGGCCAAUAAACCACUCACAACAUUGGCCAAUUUGUGCAAUCAAUGCAACGAUUUGACACAAACAGCGCAACAAUUGCAGCUACAAUUUGUCACCACAAGCACACGACUUGAGACGAGAGCUGGGAAUGGGGGACGGGAGCAAACGUUAUACCAAAUGAGUGCAGCCAUCGAUUUCUUUUGCCAAAUCUACUUCCUUUUGAAGCGGAUUAUUGUUGUGCUGCAAAAUAUUUGGAUGCAGUUAACAGCAUAUGUCUCGAAUACUGUCAACAUCCAUGAAGCACAUCUCUUUCAUGUUUUCGAUGCCAUGGCCGAGCUGUUGGAGCAACUGGUCGUAUUCAAUGAACUGACCGAACAAUCAAGUCUUUCGGCCAAGUGGCCGCUGUACAAAAAGUGGCUGCAAACGUUGUUGGGGAAGAGUAGCUCCAGCAUAUUCGAAGUGCAAGGCGUGCAGAGUUCACUCGAUGACAUCGACACUGUAAUCUCUGGGAAUAUCUUUCAGAUGCUGCUGGUCAGCUUGCUGGAUACGAAGAAACAAAUGAAUCUAAAGGACGCCAGCGUCAACUAUAUAACACAACAUUCCAAUGCGUAUGUACGCCAACUAUUGACAACCGCGAUUGAAGCGACCCAAGCGAACGAGUGGCGAAACUAUGAAGAGCCCAAGCAACUGCUGCGGCUAACAGCAUUUAUUUGUGUGCUGCACAAGUUGGGCAUCCUCCUGGAUGGCAAACUGAUCAAGAGUGUCUUGGAGACAUUGUCCAGAUACCAGCGUGUGCCAUUGCAACGGAAUGUCUUCUGGUCGCCACACACAUUCAUUGGCAGGCACGCCAAGACGCUGCUAAAGACGCAGGACAAAGCCGUCGAUUGCCUGAAGCAAUAUAACGCAUCCGCCGAGAAGUUGACAUCGAAUGAUUUGAAGACUUGUCGCCAGCUGGGCACACAGAUUGCACUUUGGUCCAUCAACAUGCAGCGCUGCUUUGCCGCCGGUCCCAUCAAUCAGUUGAAGACGUUUGCCAAGCUCAUUUUAUUGGGUCAGAGUUAUGGCGAGCAGGUGAACAGUCUUAUUGAUGGCCUAAUCCGACGCCAUUUAACCCUUGCGCUGCCCAUUACGAAGAGUGCCUUAUUUACAAUUUACAAGUUGCUGCAGUAUUUGCAAAUGCUGCAAAAGAUAUUUGCCAGCAAUCAAAUUGUUUGCAUGCGCUAUGUGAGCUCAGUGUUGCAAUGGCAAACGCAAAAGAUUCAACAUCUCUUGCUGCUAACGAAACGCAACAUUCUCGAUCUGAAGCUGAUGCAGCGCAAGAUGAGCAUAUUGACUACGCUCAAGCUAACCGAACGUUCCCUCAAGGGUUAUCCGCCCACACGACGUCGUCUGACCAUCGUGAAUCUGGCGCUGAGCGAAUUCCUUGGCAAAGAGCGUCUGUUGCCCACGGAUAAACAGAAGCUAUUCAAGUCCAUCUCGAUGCGUGCCAAUAAUCUCAGUCGCUAUCAGCAGAACAUUCUCGGCCAGUUUGAUUCGACGCAACUGAUCAACAACUACGAUUCGCUGUCGAUUUCGGAUGCGGCGCUCAAGGAGUACGUUCAACAACAGCAGAAUCCCUUUUUAUUGCAGAAUAUCUUCGCUGCUAGCAACAAGCUGGACAAGAACUUGGCGCUGUUUAAAGUCGAUCGCGAGGCACAGGACGAGUCAGUGAGAAGUCAGCGCAUCUUUGACUGGGAACGUGAAUUCUUGAGCAACCAUUUGGAGUUUCUACUGCGAGUGGAAGCGUUGUCGCAUCUCCUGCUUAGUCAGGAUCAACCAUUCACGCAGCAAACCAUCGACUAUAGAUUGUGCAUCAAUGUGGCUGCCAUAGAGAAUGAUGGCGUCUACAAUAUACUUCGAGAUAACCUUGAAAACUAUUUUACGGCCACGUUCUACAAUUUAACGACAAUUGCGCCACACGACUGGAAGUCAUAUGAGAAGAUGCGUCACUUGGCUAACAAACUGCUGCAAUUGCGACCUGUUGACGAUUAUUUGCCCAAUCAAAUUAUAGAUCAAGGCAUCGAUGUGCUGCAGAUAAUGCGUAAUAUCCACACAUUCGCAUCGAGCUACGCCUACAAUAUGAACUUGCAGUUGUUUGUGGAGAUGCAGAGUCGGAACAAGCAUCUGGAUAUCAUUGGAACACGUCACGUGGCGAAUUCCGUGCAGACUCACGGCACUGGGAUCAUCAACACGACCGUCAACUUCAUCUAUCAAUUCUUGCGGCAAAAGUUCUACACAUUCUCGACGUUCCUGCACGAUGAGCACAUCAAGUCGCGUCUGCUCAAGGAAUUUCGCUAUCAUGCCGAUCACAAGCAUGUGAAACCCUAUCAAUCGUAUCCCUAUGAGAGAGCCGAGAGCUUCAUCAAGAAGAUACGCAAAUUGGGCGUCUCGCAGAAUGGCGAAACCUACAUGGAUCUAUUUCGUAAAGUCAUCACACAAGUGGGUAACGCUGUGGGUUAUGUGCGACUGCUGCAAUCCGGCAGCAAGAAUGCCAACUAUCGAAGUCGUUCCUUUAUGUCCCGUUUCAAUAGUAAUUUCUCAAGAUGCGACGAAAAGAAUCUGGAGGAGACAACACAAAGUUCCAUUCGAGAGUACGAGAAAAGCGUUGAGCACUUGAAAGAAUGCUACUCGGACAACACAAACUACUUCAAGUUGUUGAUGCAAGGCUUUCAGCCAUUCCUUUGCAAUCCGCAUAAUCAUCAUCUGAAGACAUUCUUUCUGAUCACGCCCGCGCUUAUGAUGAACUACAUCGACUAUCGCGUCAAGGAGAAGCUGAAAAUGUAUAAAAAAGAUCAGAUGCGAUGUUCGCUGUUCGAAGAUGGCUUUGCCAUUGGUCUCAUCUAUAUACUGAAUAUGUUGAAUCAACUGAGCGAAUUCCAUGAGCUUGGCUGGAGUCAAACAACAGCUCAGCAGCUGCAGGCCGAGCGUCUCAAGCUCAAGGAUAUUAUGGCUACCUCGGAGACGACACAAAAAGGAUCGCCACACAAGGCCAAUGUGGAUGAGAAGCUGCUCCAGACGGUGGCCAUAACCGAGAGGCAUGUGAAUGCCUAUGAGCAGGAGUAUAAUUUAUUGUAUGCCACAUUGAGCAGCGCUGAAAUAUUCUUCCAAUAAUAAUAGUAAUAACAAUAAUGAUGUUUUAGUUUUAGUAUCAGUUUCAGUUUAUUAAGACGAAACUAUAAAUCUGAUUGUUAAGUUUAAAAAGACUUUUGUUUUGUUUGUUGUUAUUACUCUCGGUUUCAUUUUGUAAUUCCAUUUUGUAAACUCUGUUAAUACAAGUACAAUUUUUGUUGGUUAGACAAACUACUCAAAAAUUCAUAAACGGGAACGACGAAUGCAAAAGUUAUUCACGUAUACCAUAUAAAUAUACAUAUACUAUAUAUAGUACUAUAUAAGGGAACCUCAAGACAGUCGAUUUGUUUAAAUAAAUGAUCGCUUUUGGAAUAUUUAUGUGUGUGUAUUAUAAAUGCAGGCAAAAUACAACAAAUUGUCGGGUAGUUAAUUGGUUAGAUCGCUACUCUUUUUUUCUCAUUUUCAUUUUUGUUUUGUUUUUCUAUUAGCCAAGUCACAUAUUAAUUUGCAGCUUAGUAUUAGUCACAAAUUAGUCAUUUCAUAUAAGACAUCAGUGUGUAUCUAUGUAAGUGUGUGUGUGACAGGUAAUACAAACAUACUCGAUAAGGUACUAUUCAAUAUACAUUUUAUAUAGACAAUACAGCUCUAGACGAGGCGACUGUGUUGUUGUUGUUGCAUUGUUGAAAAGUAGCAAGUAGUUUAACCCAAGGUUAACCCAAUUGUGUGGAGAGAUAGCGAGAUAAGAGAAUAGAAUAUUGAUAACAUAAUCCAUAAUAAUGUCUAUUGAAAAUAUGUAUUGUAUUUCAUAUCAUUACAGUUAUUGGUAAAAAAAAAAAAAAUGUGGUUUUCUUUUCAUUUUUGUUUUUUUUUGUUUUUUUUUUUUUUUGGAGAAAAUGCGAACGGGUUUCGUCUUAACAGAAAUACGCCAGGGUGACACAGGCCAGAUCAGCUUAAAGUGAGCCACAAUCGGCAACCACAAUCUUCUUUGUGGUCUUGCCAGAUUGCGAGCCGUAUGACUCGAUCUUCUUGACAACAUCCAGACCCUCGACGACCUCGCCGAAUACGACGUGCUUGUUGUCCAGCCAAGCGGUCUUCACGGUGCAGAUGAAGAACUGCGAGCCGUUGGUGUUGGCGCCAGCGUUAGCCAUCGACAGGAUGCCGGAGCCGGUGUGCUUCAGACGGAAGUUCUCAUCGGGGAACUUGUUGCCGUAGAUGGACUUGCCUCCAGUGCCGUUGUGGUUGGUGAAAUCGCCGCCCUGGCACAUGAAGUUUGGAAUGACGCGAUGGAAACUGGAGCCCUUGUAGCCGAAACCCUUCUCGCCGGUG